UUCGCAGAGCCCGGCCCGCGCCCCACGCCCCACUCCCCACGCCCGCAGCCGACAGACGGCAGCGCCUGCGCCCGUGGCCCCCGAGCCAGCGCGCGGGAGUCGCCGGGGCCAAGGAGCGGCGGCCGCCCGGUGGCACCGUCUCUUGCUCCUUCGUUCGCUCUCCGCGAUCAGGAAAAGCCAAGCCCGGAAACCCCAGCAACCCGCCCUCCAAGAUGAAGAAGCUCCAGGGAGCUCACCUCCGCAAGCCUGUCACCCCAGACCUGCUGAUGACCCCCAGUGACCAGGGGGAUGUAGACCUGGACGCGGACUUCACGGCAGAUCGGGGCAACUGGACAGGCAAGCUGGACUUCCUGCUGUCCUGCAUCGGCUACUGUGUAGGCCUGGGGAACGUCUGGCGUUUCCCCUAUCGCGCCUACACCAACGGAGGAGGCGCCUUCCUCGUGCCCUACUUCCUGAUGCUGGCCAUCUGUGGCAUCCCCCUCUUCUUCCUCGAGCUCUCUCUGGGCCAGUUUUCUAGCCUGGGACCCCUGGCCGUCUGGAAAAUCAGCCCCCUCUUCAAAGGUGCCGGCGCCGCCAUGCUGCUCAUCGUGGGCCUGGUGGCCAUCUACUACAACAUGAUCAUCGCCUACGUCCUCUUCUACCUCUUCGCCUCCCUCACCAGCGACCUGCCCUGGGAGCACUGCGGCAACUGGUGGAACACAGACCUCUGCCUUGAGCACAGAGGCUCCAAGAAUGGCAAUGGGGCCCUGCCCCUCAACCUCACCAGCACCGUCAGCCCCAGCGAGGAGUACUGGAGCCGCUACGUUCUCCACAUCCAAGGCAGCCGGGGCAUCGGAAGUCCCGGGCAGAUCCGCUGGAACCUCUGCCUCUGCCUGCUACUUGCCUGGCUCAUCGUGUUCCUCUGUAUCCUCAAGGGUGUGAAGUCCUCGGGCAAGGUGGUGUAUUUCACGGCCACGUUCCCCUACCUCAUUCUGCUCAUGUUACUGGUCCGCGGAGUCACCCUCCCAGGGGCCUGGAAGGGCAUCCAGUUCUAUCUCACCCCUCAGUUCCACCACCUGUUGUCUUCCAAGGUGUGGAUCGAAGCUGCUCUUCAGAUCUUCUACUCCCUGGGUGUGGGCUUUGGAGGGCUCCUCACCUUUGCUUCCUACAACACAUUUCACCAGAACAUCUAUAGAGACACCUUCAUUGUUACUCUGGGCAACGCCAUCACCAGCAUCCUGGCUGGCUUUGCCAUCUUCUCCGUGCUGGGCUACAUGUCUCAGGAGCUGGGUGUGCCUGUGGACCAAGUAGCCAAAGCAGGCCCCGGCCUGGCCUUUGUCGUCUACCCACAGGCCAUGACCAUGCUGCCCCUCUCACCCUUCUGGUCCUUCCUCUUCUUCUUCAUGUUGCUGACCCUCGGCUUGGACAGCCAGUUUGCCUUCCUGGAGACCAUUGUGACAGCUGUGGCAGACGAGUUCCCGUACUACCUGCGGCCCAAGAAGGCUGUGUUUUCGGGGCUCAUCUGCGUGGCCAUGUACCUGAUGGGGCUGGUCCUCACCACCGACGGCGGCAUGUACUGGCUGGUCCUUCUGGACGACUACAGUGCCAGCUUCGGACUAAUGGUGGUGGUGAUCACCACAUGCCUCGCCGUCACCCGGGUGUAUGGCAUCCAGAGGUUCUGCCGGGACAUCCACAUGAUGCUGGGCUUCAAGCCGGGCCUCUACUUCAGGGCCUGCUGGCUGUUCCUGUCCCCAGCCACGCUCCUGGCCCUGCUGGUGUAUAGCAUCGUCAAGUACCAGCCCUCAGAGUAUGGCAGCUACCGCUUCCCAGCCUGGGCAGAGCUGCUGGGCAUCCUGAUGGGCCUGCUGUCCUGCCUCAUGAUCCCGGCCGGCAUGCUGGUGGCUGUGCUGCGAGAGGAGGGCUCGCUCUGGGAGCGGCUCCAGCAGGCCAGCCGGCCAACCAUGGACUGGGGCCCGUCGCUGGAGGAGAACCGGACGGGCAUGUACGUGGCCACGCUGGCCGGGAGCCAGUCGCCCAAGCCACUGAUGGUGCACAUGCGCAAGUACGGGGGCAUCACCAGCUUCGAGAACACAGCCAUCGAGGUGGACCGCGAGAUUGCAGAGGAGGAGGAAUCCAUGAUGUGAGACAGAAAGCAGGCAGACCAGAGGCCCUGCCGUCCCCAAGCAUAGCUGUGUGCCCUCUGGGGUUCUGAGAGGCCUGAGGCUGUGCGAGGUUACCAUGGUGAUGCCAGUUCUCGAAGCAAGUUCCUCUUUGUGGCCUCUGCCUCUCUUGAAACCUCUGUCUACCCCCGACACACACACACACACACACACACACACACACACACACACACACACACACACACACACACACACACACACACACACACACACACACACACACACACACACACCUGAGAAUGAGACAGCACAGCCCUUCUCGGACUAACUGAAGCCAGGGAGGAGGGACUUGCCCAAGGUCACAUGGCAGAGGGGACUGGACCCCAGGCCUCCUGACCAGCCAGCUCCCUUUCUCCUGUGGCAGCUGGCACCUCCCUCUCAUCUCUGUUCAGGGCUCAGCCCCCUCCCUUUUCUCGGGGAGCCUGCCCCAUACAAUUCAACGCAGCCAGAAUCUUAAGCCAGGCGGGGAUGCUCAGGAUGUCAUGAGGCCAUUGGGGCCCCAGGCAUUGAAGGUUAGCAAGUCGAGUGGGAGAAAGAUCCUUGUGGGUUCAUAUGUAUGUGCACAAGUGCCAGGUUUUCUGAAAGACGUGGGACCUGAAGGACCUGGAGGAUGGGCAAGUUUGGAGAGAGAGAGAGGAGGGCAGUAUGGAGAGGGCCUCUGGCCAAGGCACUGACCCAACCCAGGUGUGAAGGUCAGAAUGUAGCCCCCUUCUCUUCCCCUGGGGCCAGGAGGCACCCUGGGGAGAGACCAAGGGCAUGUGAGCAGGGGGAGUGGCGGGAGAAACAGGUGUUACCAGGUUACAAUAGGAUUCAAGUGGGAAUGAAGAUUGAUGGUGGGUUGGGGGGAGCCGGGGACAGGGGUGGGGGGUGGGGGGGUACUGGGCAGGGGAUUUGCAUGAUCUGGUUGUGCUGUAGGUAGAACGUCCUGGGUCAGUGUACGGGGUGGAACAGAGGGGACGUGGUGGAGGUGGGAGGCCUGCAGAGGGGCCAGUGCCCAAGCUUGGGCGUUAACGGGUGGGGCUGGGGAAAGAAGAAGCCCACAGCUUCCCUCUCUGGACCCCAUGCUUUCCAGGGGAGGGAGCCCAGGGCGUGAUUCAGAGGGGAGGGAGGCCUGCCCUGCACUGUGGUGGUGGGAAUGAGCGGUCACAGUCGGAACCCAGGGCCCCUCUCUCCCCUUCUCCCAUGUCCUGGCGGCCAUCGCUGUCUCCUCCAGCUGCAGGAGGAAGUGACCUUGGCUGUGGACGAUCAGGCAACUAAGAGACUCGAAGAUGGUCCACACACAUGGCUGUCUGGUCCCAGUGCUGCCCCCUCUACUCCAGCGCGGGGCCCUGGGCAUGGACAUGAGGGUGGAGGCAGACAGCAGAGGGCAACUGACCCCCCAGGCCUAUGACCAGAGACCUUGGCAUCUCAACCCCCAGGCAAAGGAGGGGCUGCCCUGGGGACCCUCCUUCCCUGAGAGAUGAGGGUGGGGUGGGAAAAUGCCUGAGCGGCCUGCUGGGGGGCAGGUGGGGGUGGUGUGGGCGGCCUGGUCCAGCUGUGACAGCCUCUGCGAUCUGUCUCUCCUGGUGUCUCCCCAACUCGUCCAUGUUCUGUUGGUUUAUUGUUAAUAAACGCCAAUGAGGUCAUCUUCCUUA